CCAUAAAAUAACUGUUAAAACAGAAUCCGGUAAAAAAGUGAAGAAUCAAAGACGAGUGCGUGGCCGAGAAUUCCAGAAAAUACCUGGAAACUUCUACAAGGUUUUCGCAGGUCACCACCAAUUUUAGGGCUUUGCACUCCUCAAUCGAUUCAUCUCUCCGAUCACAAUUUCUUCCAUCUUCUCCUUCCAAUCAAACAUUGAAGGGUUCCGUUUAAUUUGUUUGGGAAAUCUGAAGAUCUAGCUAAGGAGGUUAGAGAGACAAAUGGCGAGUGGUUAUGGCGAAUCAACGCGAGCGGCUCCGAGCACAUCUUGCUCGGGGAACAGUCCUAACGAUGCUGGUGAUUUUGAAUGCAAUAUAUGCUUUGAAUUGGCUCAGGACCCAGUGAUCACUCUCUGUGGUCACCUCUUCUGCUGGCCGUGCCUUUAUCGGUGGCUUCAUCAUCACUCCCAAUCUCAGGAGUGCCCUGUCUGCAAAGCCCUCAUUCAGGAGGAAAAACUGGUUCCUCUUUACGGGAGGGGCAAAGCACCGACCGAUCCCAGGACUAAAUCUUAUCCUGGAAUGGAGAUCCCUCGACGUCCUUCUGGUCAGAGGCCACAGACCGCGCCUCCCCCUCCUCCGCCCGGUGCUGCCAACCCUUUUGGGAGUUAUGGGUUUGGACUCAUGGGAGGUUUCAUUCCCAUGGCAACAGCCAGGAUUGGAAACUUCACUCUUUCCACUGCUUUUGGCGGCUUUAUCCCGUCUUUGCUCAACAUUCACUUCCACAGCUUCCAGGACACCACAGUCUACGGGACAACCUCUGGUUACCCCUUUGGGUUUAAUGCGUUUAAUGGAGUAGGGAGCUCGCAAGGUUUUCCGCAGGCGACAACAGGUCAGGUGCAGCAGCAGGAGGACAGUGUUUUGAAGAAUCUGCUUUUGUUGAUUGGAUUUCUUGUUCUUCUUACUGUCAUUUUCGUUUGGUAAUUGGUAUUUGGCAGUGUCUUUUUGUGUGAAGGUAACCAUGCUUCUUUUUCACCCCCUUGUUGUGUGUGUAAAUACUUUAGCUGACUUUAUGAGGGAAUUGAGAAUGCUGCCUGUUUGGUUCUUUAUCAACUGUAUUAUAAGCAUCUGCAGUAAACUAAAACUGCAGCAUGCUUGGUUCUUUAUGAACUGUAUAAUAAGCUUCUGCUGUAAACUUUCUAGCUUCUAUCAACAUUUAAACUUGGGACCUGACAAUUGUGUUCCAACACAACUACUAGUGUACUAGUACCAUCCAGGCCACAAACGCCAAUCUUCUGCUGUUAAAUUGAAUGCUGCCUGUUUGACUCUUAA